AUGCAAACAUCUUCCAACGCACAGCACUUCUUUGAGACUGAUGCUUCACAAGAGAAGCGAGAGCGCCGCGCCGCCAAGUCGACCAACAAGUAUGGCAACCCGGUCGCCCUAAAGUCCAAAGUGCUGGCAGUCAUUGCCGAUCCGACCUCUGCUUCACACGUGUUCAUCGCCGAGUCGGCCGGCUCUGCGCGGAGAGUCAACAUUGAUGAUGCAAAUGCCGCCACGGCCGCAUACCGCGGCCCCACGACGCCAGUGACCAGCCUCGCGCUGGGCAGCACGAGCACCAGCUGCACGCUCUUUGCUGGCUGCUGGGACAAGACGGUGUGGUCCUGGGACCUGGCCACGCGUGUGGUCGGUCGCCGGUACGUCGGCCAUGGCGACUUUGUCAAGGCGGUCGUGUGCGGGCAGCUGGGCGGCCAGGCCGUGUUGAUCAGCGGUGGUGCUGACAAGAAGAUCAUCGUCUGGGACGUGGCCACGGGCCGGCGCCUGCACACGCUGCAGGACAAGACGGGCGGACCGGCCAUGAUGGCCGUGCAGGACCUGGCAAUCGACCCGGUGGCCACAACGGCCGACGAGCUAUGGCUGGUGAGUGCCAGCAGCGACCCGCACAUCCGGCGUAUUUGGCGCAUCCGGCCGGAUGGCUGGGAGCAGGUGGAGGACGCUGCUGAGACUGCUGAGACUGUUGCAAACACGGCUGCGGCUGCGGCUGCUGGGCCUCGUCGGACCCUGCUGGCCCACGAGACGACCGUCUACAAGCUGCUCUUUGAGGACUUUGCCGACGGCGACGGCCAGGACAUUGAUCUGUGGACGUGCAGCGCUGACGGCACGACCAAAUGCCUCUCGCGGAUACACGGCUUCGCCGACGGUAGCGACACGCUCGCGCACGGCGACCAUGUUCGCGCGGUGGCCGUCACGGACGCCUGGGUCGUCACGGCCGGUCGCGACGAGGACGUCCAGUUUUGGGACCGCGCCACUGGCCGCCGCUACGCCACGCUGGCCGGCCACUUUGACGAGAUCACCGGCAUCACCGUCCUGGCCGACCGCCGACGACUCUGCAGCGCCAGCCUGGACGGCACACUGCGUACGUGGCCACUGGACCGUGCCGGCCUGGAUGACCUGGUGCGCCGGCAGGAGGAGGACCUGAAGGAUGACGCGUCCCCAGCAGCAGAAGAAGCGGCAGCAGAAAAAACAGAGGAUGGGCUGACGGUCGAAGAGGAGGCCGAGCUCGCAGCCUUGAUGGAGGACGACUGA